AUGCACGCAUCAGAAGAAGCAGUCCAAUAUCAGCAGCAACAGAAGCAACGACGUGAUUCGUGCUUUCCAACAUGUAAAACACCGGAUAAACGUGAUUUCAUGGAUUCGAAUCCACCACGAACAACCGAUGAUUUCUAUCAGCACUACGAUCCGUGGAUUGGAAUUGUUACAGCUAUGAUUCUGGCCUUAUUUUUUAUUCUAAUUGCGUUUAAAACCUUUGUUACAUGGCUUCUACGAAGGAUUACUGUUUGGCGAUAUCGAUAUCAGAAGCAUCGUCAAAAACAACAAAAAAUGGACAAUGAUUUGACCAAUCAUGCCAUUGAAUCGGCAACAACUCAAAUUAUUGACAAUGGCCAUAUCAUCGUAGGAGUCAAAUGGAGUUGA